GCGUCCGUGCCCGGCUUCGCUCCCCGACCCCGGCUGGGCGCGCCGAGCCCGGACUUGUGCGGCCGCCUGGGGGUCUUGGCGCGCUCUGCCCCCCGAUUCUUCGCCCGGGUCGUCCUUGGCCGGCCCCGGUCCGCACGAGCGUUCAAGGCUGGAGGUUCUCGAGCGCCUGCUGCCCAGGACGCCCCCGGCCCCGGCCCCGGCCCCGGCGAUGGAGGCCGAGAUGCUGCAGUCGCCCCUGCUGGGGCUCGGGGAGGAGGACGAGGCCGACCUGACCGACUGGAACCUGCCGCUGGCCUUCAUGAAGAAGCGGCACUGUGAGAAGAUCGAGGGCUCCAAGUCCCUGGCGCAGAGCUGGAGGAUGAAGGACCGGAUGAAGACGGUCAGCGUGGCCUUAGUCUUGUGCCUGAAUGUCGGUGUGGACCCUCCAGACGUGGUGAAGACCACGCCCUGUGCGCGCCUAGAAUGCUGGAUUGAUCCCCUGUCCAUGGGUCCUCAGAAAGCUCUGGAGACCAUCGGUGCAAAUCUGCAGAAGCAGUACGAGAACUGGCAGCCACGGGCCCGGUACAAGCAGAGCCUGGACCCGACGGUGGACGAGGUCAAGAAGCUGUGCACGUCUCUGCGCCGCAACGCCAAGGAGGAGCGGGUCCUCUUCCACUACAACGGCCACGGGGUGCCCAGGCCCACGGUGAACGGCGAGGUCUGGGUCUUCAACAAGAACUACACACAGUACAUCCCGCUGUCCGUCUACGACCUGCAGACCUGGAUGGGCAGCCCUUCCAUCUUCGUCUACGACUGCUCCAACGCGGGCCUGGUCGUCAAGUCCUUCAAGCAGUUCGCACUGCAGCGGGAGCAGGAGCUGGAGGUGGCUGCUAUUAACCCCAACCACCCACUUGCCCAGAUGCCUCUGCCCCCGUCCAUGAGAAACUGCAUCCAGCUGGCCGCCUGCGAGGCCCACGAGCUGCUGCCCAUGAUCCCUGACCUCCCGGCCGACCUGUUCACGUCCUGCCUCACCACCCCCAUCAAAAUCGCGCUGCGCUGGUUUUGCAUGCAGAAGUGCGUCAGCCUCGUGCCCGGAGUCACGCUGGACCUGAUAGAAAAGAUUCCCGGGCGGCUGAAUGACAGGAGGACUCCUCUGGGUGAGCUGAACUGGAUUUUCACAGCCAUCACGGACACCAUCGCCUGGAAUGUGCUGCCCCGGGAUCUCUUCCAGAAGCUGUUCCGGCAGGACCUGCUGGUGGCGAGUCUGUUCCGAAAUUUUCUGCUGGCAGAAAGGAUCAUGAGGUCGUAUAACUGCACCCCGGUCAGCAGCCCCCGGCUCCCCCCGACGUACAUGCACGCCAUGUGGCAAGCCUGGGAUCUGGCCGUGGACAUCUGUCUGUCUCAGCUGCCGACCAUCAUCGAGGAAGGCACCGCGUUCAGGCACAGCCCGUUCUUCGCUGAGCAGCUGACCGCCUUCCAGGUGUGGCUCACGAUGGGCGUGGAGAACAGAAACCCCCCCGAACAGCUGCCCAUUGUUCUGCAGGUGCUGUUAAGCCAGGUGCACCGGCUGAGAGCCUUGGAUUUGCUGGGAAGAUUCUUGGACUUGGGUCCCUGGGCGGUGAGCCUGGCCCUGUCGGUCGGCAUCUUCCCCUACGUGCUGAAGCUGCUGCAGAGCUCGGCCCGGGAGCUGCGGCCCCUCCUGGUCUUCAUCUGGGCCAAGAUCCUGGCCGUGGACAGCUCAUGCCAGGCUGACCUUGUGAAGGACAACGGCCACAAGUACUUCCUGUCCGUCCUCGCAGACCCGUACAUGCCGGCGGAACAUCGGACCAUGACAGCCUUCAUCCUCGCUGUGAUCGUCAACAGCUACAACACGGGGCAGGAAGCCUGCCUGCAGGGGAACCUGAUCGCCAUCUGCCUGGAGCAGCUCAGCGACCCGCACCCCCUGCUGCGCCAGUGGGUGGCCAUCUGCCUGGGCAGGAUCUGGCAGAACUUCGACUCGGCCCGGUGGUGCGGGGUGCGGGACAGCGCGCACGAGAAGCUCUACAGCCUCCUCUCCGACCCCAUCCCCGAGGUCCGUUGCGCGGCCGUCUUCGCCCUGGGCACGUUUGUGGGCAACUCCGCCGAGAGGACAGACCACUCCACCACCAUCGACCACAACGUGGCUAUGAUGCUGGCCCAGCUCAUCAAUGACGGGAGCCCCAUGGUGCGGAAGGAGCUGGUGGUGGCCCUGAGUCAUCUCGUCGUGCAGUAUGAGAGCAAUUUCUGCACCGUGGCCCUGCAGUUCAUGGAAGAGGAGAAGAACUACCCCUUGCCCUCCCCCGCGACCACAGAGGGGGGCAGUUUGACCCCGGUGCGCGAGAGUCCGUGCACCCCCAGACUCCGUUCUGUGAGCUCCUAUGGAAACAUCCGUGCAGUCACCACAGCCAGGAGCCUCAACAAGUCGCUGCAGAACCUGAGCCUGACAGAGGAAGCGGGCAGCUCGGUGGCCUUCUCCCCCGGCAACCUCAGCACCAGCAGCAGUGCCAGCAGCACCCUGGGCAGCCCGGAGAACGAGGAGUACAUCCUGUCCUUCGAGACCAUCGACAAGAUGCGCCGCGUGAGCUCCUACUCCUCACUCAACUCCCUCAUCGGGGUUUCCUUUAACAGCGUCUACACCCAGAUCUGGAGGGUCCUGCUGCACCUGGCUGCCGAUCCCUACCCAGACGUCUCUGACUUGGCCAUGAAGGUGCUCAACAGCAUCGCCUACAAGGCCACGGUGAACGCCCGGCCACAGCGCAUCCUGGACACGUCUUCGCUCACCCAGUCGGCCCCCGCCAGCCCCACCAACAAGGGCGUGCACAUCCACCAGGUGGGAGGCUCGCCGCCAACAUCCAGCACCAGCAGCUCCAGCCUGACCAACGACGUGGCCAAGCAGCCGGUCAGCCGCGACCUGCCCUCGGGCCGGCCGGGCGCCACGGGCCCCGUGGGGGCGCAGUACACCCCCCACUCCCACCAGUUUCCCCGGACGCGGAAGAUGUUCGACAAGGGCCCAGACCAGACCACGGAUGACGGGGACGACGCUGCCGGACACAAGAGCUUCAUCUCGGCCACAAUGCAGACGGGGUUCUGUGACUGGAGCGCCCGCUACUUUGCCCAGCCCGUCAUGAAGAUCCCAGAAGAACACGACCUGGAGAGCCAGACCCGCAAGGAGCGUGAGUGGCGGUUCCUGCGGAACACGCGCGUCAGGAAGCAGGCGCAGCAGGUGGUCCAGAAGGGCAUCACGAGACUGGACGACCAGAUAUUUCUAAACAGGAACCCCGGUGUGCCCUCCGUGGUCAAGUUCCAUCCCUUCACGCCCUGCAUAGCCGUGGCUGAUAAGGACAGCAUCUGCUUCUGGGACUGGGAGAAAGGAGAGAAGCUGGAUUACUUCCACAACGGAAACCCCCGGUACACGAGGGUCACGGCCAUGGAGUACCUCAACGGCCAGGACUGCUCCCUUCUGCUCACCGCCACAGACGAUGGCGCCAUCAGGGUCUGGAAGAAUUUUGCUGACUUGGAGAAGAACCCAGAGAUGGUGACGGCGUGGCAGGGGCUGUCGGACAUGCUGCCGACCACGCGCGGAGCCGGGAUGGUGGUGGACUGGGAGCAGGAGACCGGGCUCCUCAUGAGCUCGGGGGACGUGCGGAUCGUCCGGAUCUGGGACACGGACCGCGAGAUGAAGGUGCAGGACAUCCCCACGGGCGCCGACAGCUGCGUGACGAGCCUGUCCUGCGACUCUCACCGCUCUCUCAUCGUGGCCGGCCUCGGCGACGGCUCCAUCCGCGUCUACGACCGGAGGAUGGCCCUCAGUGAAUGCCGCGUCAUGACGUACCGGGAGCACACGGCCUGGGUGGUGAAGGCCCACCUCCAGAAGCGCCCCGAGGGCCACAUCGUGAGCGUGAGCGUUAAUGGAGACGUGCGCUUCUUUGACCCGCGGAUGCCGGAGUCUGUGAACGUGCUGCAGAUCGUGAGGGGCCUCACAGCCCUGGACAUCCACCCCCAGGCCAACCUGAUCGCCUGCGGCUCCAUGAACCAGUUCACCGCCAUCUACAACAGCAACGGGGAGCUGAUCAACAACAUCAAGUACUACGACGGCUUCAUGGGCCAGCGCGUCGGGGCCAUCAGCUGCCUGGCCUUUCACCCACACUGGCCUCACCUGGCCGUGGGGAGCAACGACUACUACAUCUCCGUGUACUCGGUGGAGAAGCGCGUGAGAUAGCGGGGCCGGGCGCCUGCCGCCCUGUACAUAGCGGACCCGCCGCGCUCGGCUGGAGCGCCAACUGCUGCCGCCCGCUGCUCCGCGGCCCUGCGGCCCCGCUCGGCUCCGGACAGAGGCGGCUCGCCGCGCCCAGGCCCCUGCUGCUGCUGCUGCUCCCGGGGCUCCCUUCUCCAUGGGAGCAGUGCCCACGUGCGACGGCGCCACUGCGUGUGCAGAGCCCAGCCCUGGGCAGGUGGACGGCCGGACUCCAGACACGGGGUGGGGGGACAGCCCAGGGCCGCGCCCUCCAGGGCCACCCCCGGGGUUGCCAUGGCCUGUGCUGGGCGGGCGCCCCUCCCCCACACCUGCCUUCCCCACAGGGGGCCACCGCCAGGAGAGGGCUCCGGCCUGGACAGGUCCCAGGAGACCCCGCCGGCCCCUCUGAUGCGCUGCUGGUCCCCACAGAGCUUCUGGCCUGCGCCUCAUGGUGCACACACAUGCAGGCACGCGGGCACACACGUGUGGCCCCACAGCACCUGCCUGAGCCACACGCUGGGCUCUGCUCUCUGAGGCCGACGUCAGGACGUGUCUGUGCGUGUGCACGCGUGGAGCAGGGAAGCGUGUGGACGAGCAGCCCGGCCGACCACGCUGCAGACGGACACGGGCGACGCCGGCGGUCUGAGGCGUGUUUUCCAUUUUCUCUGGGAAUCAGGAUUAUUCAGGUGGAGCAAGGUGGCUUGGUUGGCUCUGCCGGUAGGAGGCCAGCGUGGUGGGACGUGGCAAACGUGCGGUUCCCGUGUCGUGGGGACAGUGGCUCUGCCUGGGUGGGGGCGCCUGCGGCCGGCAGUGCCUGGGUCGGUCCCAGGGCCUGGCCGGGGCUCGGUGUGGACAGCGACCUUCCUGCUGUCCCUGGGGGGUGCUCCCAGCCACAGGAAGUUCCAGAUGAAGCCCCGCCCCCAUGUCAGGCCAGGAAGGCCAGAGAGAGCCCCGACUCCCCACGGGGCCGCCCUCACCCAGCCCCAGAGCCCCCCAGCUGGUGACACACCAGAGCCCCGGAAGCCGAGCUCCACCCACGGACAGCGGCUGCCCCUGCGGCUGACUCGGGUUCAGCUGACCCUGACCUACCCUGCGUUUCGGCCGCGUGCCGGAGCCCUCCCUGCUCUGCCCGAGAGCCGCCUGCGUGCACGCUGUGUCCCCACAGGUCCCACGCGAGAACCCAAUCAUGAAGUUACCCGAGCUCGAGAGAGCACGACCCACGGUCUAUUUAUUUACGAAGCUGACAUGGAAUCGUAAUGUGAAGCUACGAGCAACGCAGACAGCGAACUGUGCAUAAAAUAAACCCGUGCAGAAGUGACGGCGCGGUCCUGUCGUGUGCGAGCUCCGUUCACUGCUUAUCUGAGGGCAGCGCGCGUCCAUCCACUGCCCGCUCCCUGAACCCACAGCAGCCAGGGCUGGGCGGGGCGCCAUCCGGGUCUCCCA